CAACAGUGCCCUACCUUAAUUACAAAAACUAAUGACUAAGAGAGAGGUGGCUAGAGCUGAGGCCCCUGAGUCAGACUGUGGGUGGGAUCAUCUCCAGUACAGGAAGUGAGACUUUCAUUUCCUCCUUUCCAAGAGGGCUGAGGGAGUAGAGCUGAGCAACUGGUGCAGACAGCCUAGCUGGACUUGGGGUGAGGUAGUUCAGCCAUGAGGCUGGCUGUGCUUUUCUCGGGGGCCCUGCUGGGGCUACUCGCAGCCCAGGGGACAGGGAAUGACUGUCCUCACAAAAAAUCGGCCACUCUGCUGCCAUCCUUCACGGUGACACCCACGGCUACAGAGAGCACUGGAACAACCAGCCACAGGACUACCAAGAGCCACAAAACCACCACUCACAGGACAACCACCACAGGUACCACCAGCCACGGACCCACGACUGCCACGCACAACCCCACCACCACCAGCCACAGAAACGCCACGGUUCAUCCAACAAGCAACAGCACUGCCACCAGCCAGGGACCCUCAACGGCCACUCACAGGCCUGCCACCACUAGUCAUGGAAAUGCCACGGUUCAUCCAACAAGCAACAGCACUGCCACCAGCCCAGGACUCACCAGUUCUGCCCACCCACGACCACCUCCGCCCUCUCCGAGUCCUAGCCCGGCCUCCAAGGAGACCAUUGGAGACUACACGUGGACCAAUGGUUCCCAGCCCUGUGUCCACCUCCAAGCCCAGAUUCAGAUUCGAGUCAUGUACACAACCCAGGCUGGAGAAGAGGCCUGGGGCAUCUCUGUACUGAACCCCAACAAAACCAAGGUCCAGGGGAGCUGUGAGGGUGCCCAUCCCCACCUGCUUCUCUCAUUCCCCUAUGGACACCUCAGCUUUGGAUUCAUGCAGGACCUCCAGCAGAGGGUUGUCUACCUGAGCUACAUGGCAGUGGAGUACAACGUGUCUUUCCCCCACGCAGCACAGUGGACAUUCUCGGCUCAGAAUGCAUCCCUUCGAGAUCUCCAAGCACCCCUGGGCCAGAGCUUCACUUGCAGCAACUCGAGCAUCAUUCUUUCACCAGCUGUCCACCUCGACCUGCUCUCCCUGAGGCUCCAGGCUGCUCAGCUGCCCCACACAGGGGUCUUUGGGCAAAGUUUCUCCUGCCCCAGUGACCGGUCCAUCUUGCUGCCUCUCAUCAUCGGCCUGAUCCUUCUUGGCCUCCUUGCCCUGGUGCUUAUCGCCUUCUGCAUCGUCCGGAGACGCCCAUCCGCCUACCAGGCCCUCUGAGCAUUUGCUUCAAACCCCAGGGCACUGAGGGGGUUGGGGUGUGGUGGGGGGGGUCCCUUAUUUCCUUGACAUGCAACUGUCUCAAAGUUAUUUUCCUUCCCUUUCUUGAAGGACUAAAAUAGAGCCAGGCGCGAUGGCUCAUGCCUGUAAUCCCAGCACUUUGGGAGGCUGAGGUAGACGGAUCACUGGAGGUCAGGAGUUUAGAGACUAGCCUGGCCAACAUGGUGAAACCCCAUCUCUACUAAAAACACAAAAAAUUUAGCCGGGUGUGGUGGCAUAAUCCCAGCUGGCCUGUAAUCCCAGCUACUUGGGAGGCUGAGGCAGAGUUGCCUGAACCCAGGAGGUGGAGGUUGCAGUGAGCCGACAUCGCGCCACUGAGCCAAGAUCGCGCCACUGCACUCCAGACUGGGCGACAGAGCCAUACUAUCUCAAAUAAAUAAAUAAAUAAGAGAUAAUGCAGUCGGCAGGAGGGAGGGGAGAGAGUUUUAUUAAAUGUGACGAACUGUCCCCCCAGCAGGAGAGUAGCAAAAUAUAUGCAUAUCAUUGACUUGGGGUUUUCCUUGUCCUGCCAGGAUUAAAAGCUAUGAGUUUCUUGUCA